GCUAGUUAUACUUGGAGUAUUUUCAACUAAUCAGCUGAAAAUUAUACUUUAUUUAAAUUCAGACGCUUAAAAUUAAAAUUUUUCACUUCCUUCGGUCUUCUUUUUAUGAUUAGGAAGUUUGAAGCCUUCUGGUUAUUAUAAUACUCAGCUAGACCUACGCUAGCACUCUCUAUUCUAUAAAAAGAAGCCAUCCGCAGACGUCAUCCAUAUGACACUUACCCACAGUAGAUUCAGUUGGAUACUGACUAUCACGAUAUAAACUAUGCCACUAUCUAAACACAUCGACACAGACAAGCUGAUCGAACAAUCACGCGACGAUAAGGCUAGGAAACUUGUGCAGAGAGCAUCAGGAGAGGAUUCACGCAAGUAUGCCUCUAGUCCACUGUUUGGAAGAUAUGGCCAUGCGCCACUCCCAAAGUAUCAAUUCCCAGAGAAGGGUGUGGAUGAGCACAUCGCUUAUCAGCUCAUACAUGAUGAGCUUUCUAGUGAUGGAACACCACUACUCAACUUGGCUUCGUUUGUGACCACACGUCAGCCAGAGAGCGCGAACAAACUCAUUUUGGAGAACUUGAACAAGAAUAUCGCAGAUCAGGAUCAAUAUAAAGCUUCGUUUGAGUUACAGACACGUUGUGUGUCCAUGUUAGCUGAUCUCUGGAAAGUCCCCAAGGGCAACAGUGCAAUUGGUACCAUUACAGCUGGUUCCAGUGAGGGUUUACUCCUCGGUGGUCUCGCAUUGAAGAAGAUUUGGCAAGAGAAGGUCAAGAACGCUACUCCAAAGCGUUCUUUCAAGGAACCUGGACCAAACAUCAUCUUCGCAAGUGAAGCACAUUGUUGUGUUGAGAAAUUCGCUCGCUAUUUCGAUGUGGAGGCCCGUAUUUUACCUAUCAGCAAGAAGAGCAAGUACACAUUAGACCCAGCGCUCGUAUACGAACAAUGUGAUGAGAACACCAUCGGUGUAAUCCUCAUUGCAGGAAGUACAUACACUGGACACGUCGAAGAUGUCCUGGGAGUUAACAAUGUACUUGAUAAAGUACAACGUGAGAAAGGAUACGACAUUCCAAUACAUGUCGAUGCAGCAUCCGGUGGUUUCGUCCUCCCAUUCGCUUUCCCAUCUCACAAAUGGGCGUUCAAUGUUCCUCGAGUUGUUUCAAUCAACGCGUCUGGUCAUAAAUACGGCGGUGUCUACGUCGGUGCUGGUGUUGUACUCUGGAGAGACGAGAAGCUCUUACCUAAAGAACUCAUUUUCGAAAUGCACUAUUUGGGAUCAACAGAGCUCUCGUUCACACUUAAUUUCUCACGUCCAGCUACACCUGUUAUAGCCCAGUAUUAUAAUUUCAUCAAUCUCGGUUUCGAGGGAUAUAAGACAAUCUUGGAGAAUGAUCUCGCGAAUGCACGUAUGCUAGCACGCGCAUUGGAGGCAUCAGGAUACUUUGAAGUACUCUCUGACAACCACAGACCAGCUGAUGGACGCAAGACCGAUGACAACUCUUUAGCUGAGUUCUAUACGCCUUCACUUCCCGUUGUAGCAUUUAAGUGGACUGACAAGUUCAAAUCUGAGCACCCACAUCUUGAACAGAAGUGGCUACAAAUUCUCAUGAAGACUAAGGGAUGGAUUUUGCCAAACUAUGCUAUGGCGAAAGAUUUGGAAGAUAUAGAAAUAGUUAGAGCUGUCAUUCGUGAGGAGUUGUCUGAAGAUAUGCUUGAUAUUCUCGUCAAGGAUCUAGUUGAAGUACAGGAGUCACUCACUGAUAUGACUUCAGACUUCUACAAACUCGCUCAUGCUGGAUCGUCAAAGGGACCUGCCGAAGAUAAUAAGAAGCAAGACCGCUCUCACCAGGGUUACUCUCGUCCAUGCUGAUUGCUUUAAUUCACUUGCUCCUUGUUACUUAGUUUACAUGAAUGUAUUAUUACUUAAGAAUUUCUCGC